CGUUGGGAAGGAAACAUUUGUUACGAGGAUGUUUUCAAAUAGAAGACGUGAAGGUAAAUCUCUCAUGAAAAACGGCAGCAACAACGAAAAGGUAAAGAAGAAGAACCAAAAGAAGGUAAACAAAGAGAAAACAAAAAAGACCCUGUCGCACCUGAAGGCCACGCUGGACAAGUUGGGGUCAAAGGUCAAAGCCAGGUCGCGGCAGCAGGUCAUAGAGGAGACGAUGAACCUGACCCGAGACCUGGAGAGCAAGGCGUCUAUGCUGCUGGCCGGGAUACUCACCGAGCGAGGGUCGUCGAUAAGCAACGCAUCCACAUACACCUUGAGUUCCACCAAGGCCAUGUUCAGCCGCUACCUUUUGGAGGCGUGGAGCAAGGCCAGGAUGAAGAGGCAGGCGGACGACAACAUGGGCGACCUUUUGGAGAAAAACAUGGAGGAAUUCACCAGAAAGUUCUUUUCUGAACUCGUAGCCGAGUCGUCAGCUGAUCGCCAUGCAGGAGACACGCAGAAGGAAGACUGGCGUCCUGAGAAGGCGCUGCUGGCGUCUCCGUCGCCCUCGACAACACGAGCUCCGGGCGACGGCGCUGCCCUGGCUACCCCACGGGCCUCCUGCCACUCCAGGGAAGGACUUGUCACGCCGCAGCAGGUUGGAGCUCUCCUCUUGGAAAAUGGGGAAGAUCAGCACAUGGUCACGCCCGGACUUGCUAGGCAUAAGAGAGAAAGAUCUGUGUCAACACCUGUUACUACUCCAGUUUCAGUAGAUACUCAGAAUCCUAGUGUUUCAUCAGCAGGUGUCAGGGAGCCACGUUCGUUCAUUUGCAAAAAGAGCCUCACUUUUCCAUGUGAUUCAUGGCAGCCUCACAGGGAUGAGCCUGUUAACAGAGGUUCUCCUGAGGUGGAUAUUCUGCCAAGCCCAGAUGCCACAGCUGUCCGUCGUCGCACCCCAAUGGAGCUCCCAGACAUAGCCUCGGCAGACCCUGGGGGACCGCUGCUACCGACCAAAAGAUUCCGACUUGGACUGGAUUUCGACCCCGAUAUCAUUCAGGAGCUCCUUCCUCUUCCGACGCACUGUUCGGCCCGCCUGUCGAUGACUCCGCUGAGUGCGCUGAAGAGUUCGUCUGCACCUCCGGACGAGGCAGACUCAAUGGAUCGGAGCCAGACUUGUGCUGCGGCCACAAUGAAAGCAGAGAAGGCGCCCCGUCACAAGGCUUCUACACAGAAUCCAAUGAGUUUUCGAGACAAAGUUGAUGGCAUGGCUUUUGUGCCGUCAUCUGACUCGGUCCGCCAUGAAGCGCAGGGGGCAUGCAGGUCACGUCGUCCUUUGAAUGACGUUGAUAUUCAGGCGAGGAGGAAUGGCCGCCAAAGUGGAGAGCCAGAUACUAACAAAUCAGUAAAAGAAAGCGAGCGUAUCUUGACGCAAGACUCGCUGAGAGUUGGAUCCCAUGACAGCCACAUGCGGAUACCAAAGGGGGGGACUGAAAGCGUUGAUUCUCAACAACAAUACAGUUUCUUUAUCGAUCAGCUCGGACCCUUCAGUUGUAUGAGAAAGACUCCCAGCUCUCAAAUGUAUAAUACAAAUUCAUCUUCGGUUGAGAAUCAGCAUAAUGCAGGAUCAGUUGUCUCUUCCAUUAGUUUCCAAGAUAAAUUGUUAGGCAUGCUAGGUGCUGGUGAAGCUCCAUUGGAGUCCAAGAAAGCAAAUCUUGUAUCAUUAGAUAGCAACAGGAAACAUUCGCCAACCAACUUACGGCCUACUACUCCCACCUCAGUGCCAUCAUCAAGGUAUCAGGAUGUGCAAACAGAAACGCUGCUCAAUAUUUUACCACCUGCUGCUGGUCCAUCAGAGUCGCAGGCUGUCACGCCAAAAGGGAAACUAAUUCGGCCUUUUUCUCGAGAGUCCAGAUCGACAAUCUCCCAGGCGGUUACACCGGAAGGAAAACUUGCUGAAGUCUUCUCACCAGUACCCAACUCACCUGGCUGUCUUGGAUAUAUACCAAAGCAAAAACCGAUGACUCCUGUGCUACCUGGGCCAUCAGGGUGCCAAGUUUGUAACCCAAAAGGAAUACUGGCUCAGUUUAUGUCUCCUGUGCCUAGUUCAAGCUAUCAAGAUGUCACACCAAAGAGACUGUCGGUUCAAACUUCAUCCUCUGAACCCGGACCUUCAAGAAAUCCACUUGUAAGUGAGGCGAAAGAAGCGUCAGUCAAAAAAAUAUCCCCACUCUGUGGCUCGGAUUACAAAGCUGUCACUCCUGAUGCUAAUUUCAUCAUGGUACACAUCCAAGCACCGCGCAAGUUAAGCUUCCGGGAGUCCCGAAGACGAACUCCAACUUGCAAGCGCAGUUUAGCCAGGGAGUUUGCCGAAAUGGACACGGGUAAACUUUUUAUAACUCCCCCGCAAUCCCCUGUGAGGCCAGACUAUUGCCUUCCUGAAAUGGAAAGUGACAGCGAUGAGUGAAUCAGCUAAUUCCGAAAGCAGAAUUCGUCUGGCUUCUGAAAUAAGGUGUCAGAUCGUUUGAUAUAGUUACAGUUUUUGUUAUUCUGUGGUUGUUACGAUUAGGAGAUACUGUUUAUGCCACACAAAAUUUUUGGUAGCGAGUUUGGUUUUCAUGUUAAAAGCAGCUUUUCGUUUUGUUUCUGAAAUGAAUCAGUUAAGUAACUGUUUUGUAGAUGGUUCCUUGUUUGAAUCGCCGUCUUCAACAAUUUUUUUUACUGUGAAAAUUAUAAUUUAUUUGUUAGAAAGGUUCACUCUUAUUUAGGUUAGACUAAUUUAUUAAAACAAGAAAAUAUCUAUCUUGACGAAUGCACUUGAAAAAGGUACUUGAUUCUUCUCCCCCCCCCCCCCUCCCUCUCUCUCUCUCUCUCUCUCUCUCUCUCUCUCUCUCUCUCUCUCUCUCUCUCUCUCUCUCUCUCUCUCUCUCUCUCUAUGUACUUGGUUCUUGAAGUGCAAAAAUGAAGUUAAUUCAAAUUUAAUAUAUUCUUUGUACUGUAGAGGUGUUGACAGCAUCCAGCAAUAUAAUUUAUUCAACUAUUUUCCUUUUGUGACCCAGAUUUUCCGUAUAGUUUUAUAUAGGAAGGAGUUCAUUUCAAAGAAAAAAGUAAAUUAUUGCUGGCUGGAAAGAAAAGGGGAAAAAAAGCAUGAUUUUCAUGGGUUAGGUAUACUUUUUUUUUCAUUAGUAAGUAGAAUUCUAUUACUUUCCGAAUUUAUUAGAAUUCAUUUGUUUUGAAAUCAGUAUAAUUGUAAGAAAAAAGUAUACGUUUUUGGAAUGACGAUUUGGUUAAUGAAAUUAUAGUUAUCAAUGGACUUAUGAUAUUCCAAACAAUAUUUUUAUUGGUUGUGUUCCAUAGGCAUUAUAGCAAUAAAUAUUGAUUGUAGACGAUGCAAAAUUGUGUAAGGCUUUCAAUUAAUACAUUUGGUAUGCUUAAAUCAUGCACCCAACCGAACAUGGUCAUUCAGUACUUUACAUUUUCAUUUUGACCAUUAGCAAGAGUUUUAUUAAACAUUUAUCAACACUAGAAAACUUUUCUAAAGUGUAAUAGGCUAUAUAUUAAAGAAAGUGAAGAU